UACAUACCUACUAUAUGGGUUGGUCCGCUUUUCGGCAGAAUCACAUGCUGCUAGCACUGAGCGCCUUUAUUGUGGGCGCUAGCCAAGCGCUCGCUCAACGCCGGCUUGGGAAGCCAUCGCUUAUUAGUUUACGAGACGAGAGUGCUGCUGCUACAGUCCUUUGCUGCUAUAGUACUUCUAAGAACUUUGCAGGCCAAACGUCAAAAUUUGAGCGCUACUGCUGUACUCAUGACAGCAUCAGGUACGGCGUAACUCAUGUCGAGAUCGCCAAAAGUGCCACGGUCCGGGGAUCCGAGCCCACCAAAUUAAAGCAAACAGUAAGAAACCAGCGCGGCAAGGCGCGAAGCGUUGCCGGUUCGAGAAGGCCGGCGGAUUGCCACACCGGAUGCCCGCUAGGCUUCGCGCAGCCACACUCACAACCGGCAGCAAGGGACCUAGCCAGGGGUAAGAUCGCUUCAGAUUUCAAUGGAUCUUUGCAGAAUGUCUUAGUGGGAGGUGCUGCUCCUACUCCUACUCUGCUGCUCUGUGGUAGUGCUAUUGCAACGCUGACCGUGGAGGGUACUUGAUGAGACGCGUGUAAUUUGCCCGCGUAGCUCUGGUGUCUCGUGUGCAGCCGGCUUGCCGCAAUAAGUAGCAUCUUGCGGAUACACGGA